CCUCACUUAGUGUAUCAUCUUCCAAAAUAUCCAAUUGUAAGAGGAUAUCAGAAGAGAAUUAGGAAUAUCUCUGUUUGGUGAAAAGACGCAGGAAGAAGCAGAGCUACCAAAGGUUUGUAAUAAGAUAACAUGUGGAAUGAUUGAUGUAGCGAAACGUUUGUUCGAUGAAAUUGGGAACCAGAGAAAUUUGUGCUCCUGGAACUCAAUGAUUGGUAGUCUAGCUACUCACGGGAAACACAACGAAGCUCUUGAGCUUUAUUCACAAAUGUUGCGAGAAGGAGAAAAACCAGAUGCAGUGACAUUUGUCGGGUUGCUGCUAGCUUGUGUUCAUGGUGGGAUGGUAGUGAAGGGACAAGAAUUGUUCAAGUCCAUGGAGGAAGUUCACAAGGUUUCGCCAAAGCUAGAGCACUACGGAUGCAUGAUCGAUCUCUUGGGACGUGUUGGGAAGCUGGAAGAAGCAUGUGAUCUCAUCAAAACAAUGCCAAUGAAACCAGACGCUGUUGUAUGGGGAACUCUUUUAGGUGCUUGUAGUUUCCAUGGAAAUAUUGAGAUUUAUCAGUUUCUUGAUGAAAUUUUCAGAUUCACUUUGUCAUUUUCUUAUGGGACCAACUGUAAAGGACACUAA